AUGGAGACGCAAUCAUCACGACCCAAGAAGACAGACAUCGUCCGAAAACGGACCGGAUGCCAAAACUGUAAAACAAGGCGACGCAAGUGUGACGAGACGCGCCCCGAUUGCUCCGCCUGUGUUCGUCGCGGCAUCAAGUGCAGCGGCUACGAUCGUCCCGUCGCCUUCAAAGACGUGACGGCCUUGGCCGCAGAGUCGUCACGAAAGUUUGAGGCCGCUCGCUGGUCGGCGCUGCGACAUGAGGAUGCGCGGAGAAAGCGUCGCAUGACGGCCACGGAUACGGCGUCGUCCGAAGUCAUUCGCCCCGACAUCAUCAUCGGACCGGCGCUCAGCGCUCAGGCCCCGUCUGCUCCGGUGCCGGCACCGUCUACCAACUUCAUGUCGACUGAAGCCUGGUCUGGAGGCGCGUUUGCGCUGCCCUGGGGUCUUUUCGAUAUCCCCAAUGCGCCGUCGCAGGUAUUCCCUGAGGUCGCUCCUGUGCUGGGUACCGUCAUCGAAAGCCUUUCGACUCCGCUGCCUGGACGUGCAUCCGAUGAUACUACCUCGCCGCGGCAAAGUUCACCGGAGGCUUUGACACCUGCCAACUGGGACGAGUUCCUCGUGUCUCAAGACUCGCCUCUCGACACAUCAUCUGCCGAGGAGUCCCUUCUGGGCGAACCUACCACCGACCUCCAGAUCUCGCUACCCCUCGAAGAGUCACUUGUACAGCAUUUCGACACAAAUGUCAUUCCCGCAAUUCCCGUCGCGCUAGCCUUCUCGAACCUGUUCCAAUCGAGCAGCUGUUUCCGAGCGGCAGUCCUGGCGUUGUCCGCGAGCCAUCUGAAAUUGGCAGAGCGGUUACCGAUGGACUUUCAGAGCCUGCGGCGGAUAUGUGACGACAAAUGCGUCUGGGUCUACUACGACACAGCGGUGAAGGACCUUCAGCUGCAAAUACAGCGAUCCAACAAGAGCAGCGAGGAGCUGGCCGGCGCAGCCCUCCUUCUAGCAUACCACGAAUUGGAGGCGGGCACGGCUUUUGGCCUCAGGAACCACGCCAGCGGUCUCGACGCCAUCGCCUCAAAGAUGGACUUUGCCGCAUCAUCAAUGCCAAACCUCUUCAAAGCAUGGCGGAUGCUCCGCUACGACAUUCGAUACACGUAUACACCGACCCGCAAGUCAAGCAACCCUGUCGACAAUUACGACAGUGCAAGCUUCCUCGACCCUCAGUUGGCGAUCCGAGAUGUCAUGUCCAGAGUCUUCAGCCUUUACUCGAGAAACGCUAUGGAGGCCAGCUUCCUCAAUGACAACACUGUUGAGGGAUCAAGCGCGUCUGAGAGGGCAGCCAGAUGGCUUUGCUCCGUGCUCAACAGAAAGUCCGACCACCGCAACUUUCAGAGGGGCGACUUUUACAAGGAGGAUCUGACGUCGGAAAAAGUGCUGGAACAAUGCGAUACCUUCUCAAAGCACCUCGACUCAUGGCACAAAGGCCUGCGCGACUGCGACCUACCUAUCGUCCGAGUCGGCGCCGACGAGGACACGAUUACCGGUCCCACCUUUGAGCCCGUCAUCACGUACCGAUUUACCGACAACACGAAGGCCAUGGACUACUUGUUGUACCUGAUCUCCCGCAUGAGCAUCAGCAACCUCCGCUCGGUCUGCGAUCCCUCUGUCUCAGCAGCCGCGACGGAGGCGUGGGGCAAAGUAGCCCUCGGCAUCAUCUGCGGUAUGAACGUGCUUCAAAAGCAGCAGUUCACGGUGCUUCGUAUCGACGUUCUCGUCCGCUGGGUGGCUCUCCUGGUCGAGAGCACCAAUUUCGCCAGAACGAUCCUCGACUACUUGAUCCCGAAGGUCCUGUCCAACGGGCUGACGGCCCCGGAGAUGGUCUCGUGGGUGUACACGAAGGCAAGGAUGGAGUACUGGCUAAGGGAAAAGCUGCGUGGGCGGGCUAUGAGAUUCUUCAUGACGGGGGUAGAAGAGGACUCUGAUCCUUGGUGCAUCCUCACCCCGCAUACGAUGGCAGGCUUUGGCGACUACAAUGGCAAAGGCAGCUUCAGGGAAACCUUUGUCAUGGAUUGCUUUGCUUCCGUUGAUAAGAGGUGA